AUGGUGUUGACCAACGUCAAUGAAUACUUGGCUGGUGGUUGCGGCUCAGACGAUGAGCUCAACACCAGUGAUGAGGACGCCUCGGCGAGUCUCUCGUCCAGCAUGUCAUCGCCCGACAUGGACGCCGCCGUCGCCAUCAUUGAUUGCCAGCCACAAAUGUUCCUCAACCCCCACCACUUCCCGACCAGCAUCGCAAACUCCUUUGUCUACAUUGACCCAACUCAAACUCAAACUCCAACCCAAACCCAGCUUCACCCGCUGCCCAUCUACCAUCAGUAUCCCUACAUUAUGGGCAGUGCCACCGCCUCCAGCCUCCAGCAGCAGCUCCAGAGACCUGUUGUUGCUGAGUCCAUGUCCUACAUCCCGACCACCCCAACUGCCACCCCUUGCUUCCUCACCUCCCAGCUCGAAGCACACUCCUCCCCAAUGUCUUCGGCGAUCUCCUCCUCAUCGCCAAUCCAGACCUAUGUCCAGUCUCCACCCCCAUCAUCGCCCAGAGAGCCAGUCGUGGUGGAGACCACAGCGGCCGUCUCUAAGAAGACCGCCGCCACCCCCACCGCCUCAUCAAAGAAGCGCAAGCAUGGCACAGACUCCAAGUCGUUGGAUGUGAGCCAAACCCAAACCUCGCGCCAAGCCAUUCCCAUCCCCACUUUGGCCAUCCCCACAAUCCCAUCAGUGGUCCCAUCAACGCCACGUGCCAACUCAUCAAUCUCGAUCGUGGACAAUCAGAUCUUGUUGCAGGUGACCGACUUCUUCCACCAGCUCCAGUCCAACAGGACAUUGCCACUGUUUGUCCAGAUGUCCGAUGUGCAAAGGACACACUACUAUGAUGAGGUGCGUGCCGGCAUCCCAAAGACCUCGCCCAGCCAGGCUGAGAGCCAUCGCAUCACCUUGCGCGCACUCUACCUCAUCCUUAUGGACUGUGUCAAUCAUCCAUUCUUGUUGCAGAACUCCAACAAGCAGGAGCAGCUCACUGCUGAUCAACUGCUCCAAUGUUCUGGCAAGCUCAUCGUGCUUUCCACCAUCAUCGAGACCAUGCACGCCACCCUCAGGUCCAACACCACCAACCAUUCCAUCAAGCCCCAACGACUGUUCGUCCUCUCCUCCUCCCAGUCCAUGCUCAACCUCCUCGAGACUUAUUUCAAACUAAGCUCAAUCAAAUUCACCAAGCCAGGCAAUGAUCAAACUGCCACCAACGAAAUAUCCAAAGAGGUCGAAUGUAAGGAAGAGACCGCCGCCACACCUUUGGUGAUCUUGUCCACAUUCCUUGAGUCAUCCAUCUAUGUUCCAUUCACCGCCAAUGAUAUAGUCGUUGAUGAUCAAGCUGCUGCAGACGACAUGGUAGUGUCACUACCAUCCGCCAACUAUGAUCCACGUGCCAUAUGCCCCACCAUCAUACUCAUUGCUGAGGACUCGGUUGAGGAGUGGGCCUACCUCCAAGACCAAGAGUCCAUCGAGGCAAAGAACAAGUCCACCUCCACCACCCCAAGCGGUGCCAAGAGAGAGGGCAUGUUCGAGAUGAUGAAGUUCUGCCUACUCAAGCUGUCACAGUCAAGGAAUGGCACACCUCGAGUGCCAUGCACGCCACCAACACCACACGAGUCUUACAGCUCACCCUUGAUCUCAUCGCCAAGCACAUCCUCGUCGCCACUUCUAAUGGGCGCGAGCGCCUCGCCAACCCCGCUCCCACCCCUCUCGCUAUCCAACCCAGGCAUGCUCACGCUCUACUCCCAGAUCCACAAGGACCAGCCGUCCGACUACAACCCAUGGAAGAGCAACUCCAGGAUCAACCUAGUGCCCUCGUCUUUGUCGUCGCCAGAGCUCGGCAGCUCGUUGGACGGUUCGUCCAAGGGCGCGCCCGAGAAGAAGAGAAGGACGUCAAAGAGACAGAAGAAUCUUGGCGAGCGUAUAUGCUUUGUGUGCAAGAAGGAUGAGGAUAAGAAUGGACGAACAUCAAUCGUGCAGUGCCGUUCGUGUCCAGUCAUAUACCAUCGCUCCUGCGCUCAGCUCUCCCACACGCCACGCAGCUGGAAGUGUCCCAGACAUUCGUGCUGUAAGUGCAGGAAGACCCCCAACGAGGCAGGCGGCAGCUUCUUCAUUUGCCAAGAGUGUCCAUCAUCCUACUGCAUCACAUGUCUGCCCAACGACAUCACCAUCCUCAAGAACGACGUCGCCGCGCAUCACGAUCAUACCGUUGUGUCCACGCCCCGUCAACUCCAGUCCUCCGCCUCGUCUUCAACCUUGUCUCCCAGAAGUGUUGCUGAUGGUCCAUCCGAUGAUGUACCAGCAGUGACCACUCCCAACACCAAGAAGCCAACAAAGACGCCAAGGCCAACAGUAAGCAUACUAUGUGGCAAGUGUACGCCACUUGCUGCUGCUGCUGCUGCCGCCGCUGCCGCCUCCACAUCCAAGGAUUCACCAGUCGAGUGUCCAUCCUUGUCAUGCCCUGAACUCGCUGAUGUGUGA